ACUCUUUGUGAUGGUCAGUUUGGCAUCGUUAAGCCAUUCGUUGUCUCUGCAUUCUACUCAUAGAGAAGACCGCCAACGAUCUCCUACUGGAUCGGCCCGAUCAUCGGUAGCAGGAUCGGCUUCCACUGAUCGUGCGUGUGGUGAUCGGUCGUCCAUGGCAGGUUUAUCCAACGUAGCUGUUGCCGAUCUGCCUACGCCUCCCUCUUCGGUGUCCGCCUCAAGACCGUGUCUGUCAAAGUAUCGUCGAGAUACAGGCAGCGUGCACGAAUACGGUGAAAGCUUUCGACGCCUUAUCCAUGGAUCAACGGCGGAGAUUCUUGUCUGUCACAAGCAAGUUAGCGGCUGCCAGAAGUUGUACGCCAUCAAACAAUUCCGAAAACGCUCGGCGAAAGAAUCAGAGAAGGAUUACAUGAAGAAAUUGACCAGUGAAUUCUGUAUCUCAUCCACGUUUUCGCAUCCUAAUAUCGUGGAAACAAUUGAUCUGGUGCUCAACGAUCAGAAACGCUAUUGCACGGUGAUGGAAUACUGUCCUGGCGGUGAUCUAUUCUCAUGCAUUAUGGAUGGUCAUAUGACCGAAGUGGAGCGCGCUUGUAGCUUGAAACAGAUCCUCAAAGGCGUGGCUUAUCUGCAUUCGGUGGGCGUGGCUCAUCGUGAUAUCAAGCCCGAAAACAUCCUGUUGACGAUGGAUGGCAAGCUUAAAAUUACCGAUUUUGGCGUAGCCGAUGUGUAUCGUUGUGCGUGGGAAUCGGUGCCUCAUCAGUCGCGAGGACUUGUUGGAUCGGAACCCUAUAUAGCACCGGAAGCAUUCGAACCAGAUCAUGUGUAUUGGGGCGCAGCAGCGGAUGUUUGGUCCGUCGGGGUUGUAGCCAUUUGUCUGUGGACUCACAGUCUUGCAUGGCACCGUGCUCAACGGACGGUCGAUCGUGCCUUCCGAACUUACCUGCAACACUUCCAGUCGCGCUCUUUUGCAAACUUUAAAAAUCUCCCAUCGCAUCUCCGUCGACUCCUGUACCGAAUGCUCGACCCCAAUCCGCAAACUCGUAUUAGUUCAAGCGACCUUCUUGUCGAUGACUGGGUGAAAUCCAUUCCGGUUUGCGUCCGUUGUAAAGACUCUCAGCAACAAGUCCAUCACCACUUGUCGACACGUCGCUUAUAACAUUAUUUUACUUCCUUUUUUUUUCCCUCAACAACCGUGUCUCUCGCAUCAUCAAUGUAUCAUACCCGUAUUACCUAAUCAUUCAACCACUUGUAUAUAAAACUCCACCAUAAUUCGACGCUCACGAUCAGUCAUACUACGAUUACACUGCGUUGCGUCAUCUUGUUUCGACAAUGGGGAUCCAAAAGAAUGUUUAAAUGUGUAAUCAUUUCAAAUGUGCCUCUGCACAGUGCCAUGCAAAGUAAUGUUUUUUUUUUGUGCUCAAGUGCAGCUUUCGGAUAGCAAAUCUGUAUGGGAUAAG